AUGUCACGAGCGACCCGUGAUACUGAGGCGAGGGAGCAGGGCGGCAACCCCAACAGGGUCAGCGUCCUCGACCCUGCCGCCCACGGCCCAUCUCCGAAGCAGCUCCACGAGCUGUUGCAUAUCCUAAUUGGCACACCAGCCGGCAUUGUGCAGCAGGUGGGUUAUUUAUUGAUGCUGUUUGUUGAUGUCGUCAAGGUCGGUGCGGCCGCCAACAACGACAGCAGCGCGGCAAGCGGCGGCAACUGUGGCGACUCAACAGCCAACUGCAGGACUCCAGACCAAGUUGCUACAGGUGCUGCUGGUCAAACCCGCGGUUCCACGACGGUCACGGCGGCAGAACGGAAGAGCGCCAUCAGUCUCCUGCAAGCUGCCACCAAAGAGGCAAAGAAGAAAAACAAGAUGAGGGGUGCGGCGAAGGCCAGCAUCAAGAGCGGGAGGUGUUUGGAGAAGACAACCGAUGGGAGCGAUGCAGCGAAGGCGAAAACCCUUCAGUGCUGGGCCGCCAAAGGCAAGCAGAACGUCCGACAGCUGGUGAAAAUUCUGCUCGGUCUGCUGGUUCGGUGGGGCAUCGGGUUACGAGUGGGAUCAUCUGCUGCGGGGGCUGCCUUCGAACUGAUGAUAGGUGUCAUCGACGCAGCUCUGCACGACGACGGCAAGACCAGCAACGGGUCGGUUUCACCCAGCAGCACCCCGUCUCCUUCGUCUUCCCAAGCCGACAUCGCUGUCGGAGGGGAAGACAUCCCGACGUCGGCCGUCGACCGAACGUCCACGAGCAAGCAACAGCAACUGAAGCAUUUCUCGCAUGAUGAGCGAUCCGACCUCGUCCCCGUUUCCUUGCCCGGGGGCCGCAUCGUCGAGACGCCAUCUCCAUCGUCAUGGAGUCAAGAACGGCGUUCAUCGAAUGGGGCACAACCAAGCAACGUCGCCGGCAUUGGCAUCGUCGGACACGCCAACAACACCGCCCCGGCCUUUGUGCUGUCAACAUCACCGCUAUCCUCGUCACUCUUGAGAAAAUUGGUCCGGGGUACGGCGGCGGCGGGAGCGGCGGCGUCGCUGUCGGAGGAGACACCGUCUUCAUCGCCGAAGGAGGACAUGUUCACCAUCUUCGAGGCCGCGGACGAGAGGUGGCCCAGCUCGGACGAUGAUGGAGAGGAGGCGCCCCUGACUAGGAAGAUGCAGGCCAGCCUUGUGCUCGAUGAGGUGACCAACACACCCGGACCCGCCGGGAUGGCCGCAGAGGGGGGAACAUCGACGACGCACUCUCCUCCACCGGCAGGUGUCGCGCUUGACCAGGAGGUGGUGAUGCCGUCCGGCGUUGCGCUGAAUCUCGAUGCGGAGGCUUCAACAAGAAGCGAGCCGCCAAGUGGGGCCGGGGAACCCUACGGGGGCGGACAGAUCGUGCCCUACGGGUACAUGCCCACCGGGGCUUGGAACAAUGAAACAGCGGCGUUCAUACCGCUAGCUACGUCAAGACACCUCGUCAAUGGCCGUAGACUGCACGACAAGGCUGUGAACAUCAUCCCAAGCCAGAUGGACGUCGAUCCGUCCAUGCGUCUGAGCAUCGGAGCGCCGCACAGGCUCGCCUCAUUUGGCCCGCUGGAAGCGCGAUCGCGCCAGCAGCAGCAGCCACUCCAGGAGUCGAUCUUGGGAACACCGCAGGAUGUUGGGGCCUCAGCAGUGGGAAGGCAGAGAACCGACCGCCCAUGGGUAACUCCUAGCCACCACGAGUUCCAGGACAGCGAUGACACGGACGACAGCUCCGUCGCCGCCGACAGCGAGGGAGAGAACGAGCACGAUGGUCGCGGCGACAGUGACGCGGGAAACGAGGACGAAGACGACGACGAGCCUCCACCGCCGCCUUCGGCCGGCCGCAUCGAUCGCGACCCCCUGGACGACCUGCUGCGCGCUUUUGCUGGCCUUGCCGCUCUCCGCGGCAGCUCCGACGGCGUUGAGAGCGACGGCGACGAGCGCAGCAGCGGCGCAUGGGCAGCGAGUCCAGCAGAGAUGAGCUCGGCCGCACUCGCGACGACGACGACGGAGCGCGACCUAAACUGCGAUGCGCGGAUGGGCGUCUUCCUCUGCCUCGAAGAGAGAGAGUACCCCAGAUGCAGGGCGGGUUACGAGAACCUUGAGGAAGGCCAGGCUAAGUGGGCUCUGUCGGUCAUCGGAAAGAUCGCGGACGCGAUCGAUGCGCCGACGCACACCGUCACGCUUGCGGCCAUAACCCUCGGAGUAGCCGGCGGUGUGCCGGGACUCAUGGACGCGCUGAGCAAUGAACAGAUCUACCUCCUCCCCGCGGCGUGCGUGGCGGACUCCAUCUGUCGAUUGCAAGAAUCUGGGACUGAGGAGAGCCCCGCCUAUGACUUGAACAGGGCGACAGACGCGAUGCUGACAAUCACGAAGACCUCGUCGGAGGGCAGGGGUGACGGCGGAGCUCGAGAACUUUUCAACCAGACCGACAAGCGCGUUCGUACCGCGGUCUUGGAAGACUUGCUCCGUACGCUUUCGCCGUCGGACAUAGCGCGCGGCGCCUUCUUUGACGCCACCGGUGUGUCCGUCAACUUCACCGUACAAAGCGCAUAG